AUGGCGGAACUAGAACGCUGCCAGGGAAAUCAGAUGGUGUGGUUCUUGGUACCGACCAAGGUCUUGUGCAGCCAACAGUUGGAGUAUCUAUCACGAUAUAUGCCUGCAGUCAGCAUGAGAAUGCUAACGGGAGAUGACGAAGUUGACUGUUGGCGUAAUCAAAGUAUUUGGGACAAAGCUCUUCAGGGCAUGAAAGUCAUUUUCUCUACCCAUGCUGUGCUUGCCGAUGCACUCACGCACGGGUUCAUGUCCCUGCACCGACUGGCUUUAAUAGUGUUUGAUGAGGGUGCGAACUGA